AUUACCUUCCUGCAUCUAACAAGAUACCAUUUGUACGUAUUGAGUACUACUUCAUCCUCUCCUUCUUCUGGCACCACGCCAUGACAUCUUUCAUCUCACGCUUCUUCCGGCCCUUUUCUACUAGCUCUCCAUCCCACUCCCUCUCCGCCUCCUCACGCAACAUCACCAUGCCCGACAACGCGAAAAAGGCCACCUUGGCGGCCGGCUGUUUCUGGGGCGUUGAGCACCUCUACCGCAAGCACUUCGGGAAUGGCAAGGGAUUGUUGGAUGCAAAGGUUGGGUAUGCGGGCGGAUACACAGAUACGCCGUCAUAUCGGAGCGUGUGUUCGGGGAAUACUGGGCACGCCGAAGCGCUUCAAGUCAUAUACGACCCCUCCCUCGUGAGUUACCGGCAACUCCUCGAAUUCUUCUACCGAAUGCACGACCCGACAACCGCGAACCGGCAGGGACCGGACGUCGGUACGCAGUACCGUAGCGCGAUCUUCACGGAGAAUAGUGAGGAGGAGCAGAUUGCAAAGGAUGUCACGGAGAAAGUGAGCAAGCAGUGGUACAAGCAGCCGAUUACAACGCAGAUUAUUUCAGCGGAUUGGAAGUGGUGGGAUGCAGAGGAGUAUCAUCAGCUGUAUCUGGACCGGAACCCCGGGGGUUAUGAGUGUCCAUCUCACUUCUUGAGGAACUUUCCGCCGCUUUCGGACUGACUACGAUGGCGAAUAUAAUAUUUAAGAGUGGGCAUCAAAUAUAUAAUCAGUGAUUUCUAUACCUUUGUACGAUUCUUUUAUGGUUUCCAUACAAAUCGUAGCCCAUAAAACAUCAAGGGUUCUCUUUUAAGCUAUGUAUUGCACCCCGCAACUCAUAUAUGUACCCCACUUCAGAUAAACACCACUCAGAACUUUGAUGAUAUGUGAGAUCGUCGUGGCAAAAGGUAGAGUACCUA